ACUAGACUCAACUGAAGUCAACUAACAUAAUACCAAAAAUACAACCCAUUUGUCAAAGUAUUACAAUGAAAGACCUGAACAUAUAAGUAAAAGAUACAGACCAAAUAACUCAUCAAAAAACUUUAUCCCUCUCAUUCUGCAACAAUUCCUCAAUGUACACACAACACAAGCAAGCAAUUCUCUUCCACCUGCUCCUUUCCUGCCUCCUCCCCCUCACUUGCCAAGCCAAUGACAUGCUUGCUCUUCUCUCCUUCAAGACCUCCAUUUCUCAAGAUCCACAUCAAGCUCUGUCCUCAUGGAAUCAUUCUUCCACAAACUACUGCAACUGGCGAGGGGUUAAGUGCAGCCUCAGGCAUUCUUCGAAGGUCACCGAACUCAAUCUCGAUGCCUUCAACAUCACCGGAACCCUACCUCCCUCCAUCUCCAACCUCACCUUCCUCCAAAGCCUAAACCUGCCGAACAACCGUCUUUAUGGACAAAUCCCGCCGGAGCUCGGCCGCCUCCGCCGUCUCCGUUUCCUUAACUUGAGUGCGAAUUUUCUUACGGGCGAAAUACCGAGCACUUUAUCUCAUUGUCCCCAGCUCCAAGUCAUCAACUUGCGGAGCAACAAGCUCCAAGGAGAGCUUCCAUCCAAUCUCUCUAACUGCCUUAAUCUUAAGAUCAUUACUGUAAAAAACAACUUUUUUACAGGCAACAUUCCUUCAACUUACAGCACACUCCCAAAUCUCCUCUACCUUGAUGUGGGAAGCAAUAAUCUCACUGGUACCAUUCCCCCUUCGCUUGGGAAUAUCACCAAUUUCUUUGCACUGGAUUUGUCCCAGAAUAUGAUCACUGGUGCCGUUCCUUCAUCUCUGACAAAACUUUCUUCACUAGUCUUUCUUUAUCUGAACAAAAAUAGUCUUAUAGGAAGCCUUUCUUCCUCCAUUGGCAACAUUUCCUCACUUCAAUAUUUUGAUAUAUCCAACAACAAUCUCACAGGGGAGCUACCAAAUUCACUCGGGAACCUCUCCUCCCUCACCUAUUUUGAUGUCACAUUGAAUUCUUUCUCUGGUUCCAUACCUUCAUCACUUGCUGGUCUCUCAAUGCUCGCCACCCUCGCAUUGACCGCAAACCACUUCUCAGGCAGCAUCCCACACUCUCUUGGAUCCUCGUCUUCCUUCACAGAACUGGUCAUCUCUCAUAAUCAGCUCUCAGGGACAAUUCCUCCCUCUCUCUUCAAUAUCUCAAGCAUCGAAAGCAUCGGUCUUUCGGACAACCAGUUCGCCGGCGGUCUUCCUCAAGACUUGGGAAAUUAUCUUCCUCGUCUACGAGCGCUUACGAUGUACUAUAACAAACUUACUGGACCCAUCCCAUCAUCUUUAGCAAAUGCGACCAUGCUUGAAGACAUUGAGCUCUCAGGAAACAGUUUUACAGGGAAGAUCCCUGCAAACUUGGGCAAGUUGCAGAUUCUAAACUGGCUGGCCUUGGAUCACAAUGAAUUGGAAGCCAUGGAUGAUCAUGGAUGGAGCUUCAUGGCAUCCUUGCAGAACUGCAGCCAACUGCAAGUUCUGCAAGUAGAGAGAAAUAAGUUUGGAGGAACCUUGCCUCAAUCUAUAGCCAACCUCUCUGCAAGCCUAAGCUGGUUAACUUUAGGAGGAAAUCAGAUAUCAGGAAGCUUGCCUGAAGAAAUUGGAAACCUUGCUAGGCUUGUAUUUCUGACCGUUGAUGAAAACCAUCUCGAAGGCAACAUUCCUGCCACGAUUAGUCAGAUUCAGAACUUGCAGACAUUAGACCUAUCCAAUAACAAGCUCUCCGGUUCAAUUCCAGGUUCUUUGGGGAACUUAACCAGACUAAUAAAAUUGUACAUGAAAGGCAAUGCUUUGGAAGGAAGCAUACCUGAAAGCCUUGGGGAAUGUCAAAAUCUGGAAAUACUGGACCUUUCGAGAAAUAGGUUUACAGGGACCAUACCAAAAGAGAUUUUAAGCAUUGAAUCUCUUUCUAAAUCCUUGGAUCUGUCCCAUAACUUGCUUACUGGAUUCUUGCCAGCAGAGGUCGGAAGAUUGAAAAAUCUGGGAGAGUUUCAUGUUGGUUCAAACAAUCUGUCAGGCGAGAUUCCCAGAACCAUCGGAAAGUGUGAGGUCUUGGAAAUUCUUCAUAUGGAAAGCAACAAAUUUGAAGGGGAAAUCCCCCAAAGCAUGAAAAACUUGAAAGGUAUACAGGUGCUAGAUGUUUCAGAAAACAGAUUGUCUGGCCUCAUCCCGGAAUUCUUAGAGGACUUCAGUUUUCUACAGUAUUUGAAUCUUUCUUUCAAUGAUUUUGAUGGUGAGGUUCCAAGAAAAGGGAUUUUCAGAAAUGCAAGCGGUGUCUCACUAAAUGGGAAUGAUAGACUAUGUGGAGGAAAUCCAAAGUUAAACCUUUCAUCUUGCACUUUACAAAACAAGAUUGAAAGCCAUCACCAUCCACGACUCAAAUUGAUUCUGUCCGUUUCAAUCUCAGUUCUUGUUUUGUUCGUAUCAGUGUGUUUACUUGCCUUUUGGUACUGGCUACACAACAGAAGAAAAAAGACACCUGCUUCAGAUUCCAUGAAAGACCUGCAACCAAAAGUUUCCUUCUCCGAUCUCCUCAAAGCAACAGAUGGAUUUUCAUCAGAAAAACUGAUUGGUGCGGGAACUUUCGGUGCAGUGUACAAGGGUAUUGUAGACUUAGGUGAGCAGAAGCUGGUUGUCGCCAUUAAAGUACUGAAGCUUGAACAACAUGGUGCAUUGAAGAGUUUUGCAGCAGAAUGCAAUGCUUUGAGGAGUAUCAGGCAUCGAAAUCUUAUAAAGAUACUUAGUUCCUGCUCCAGCAUUGAUUAUAAAGGAAAUGAUUUCAAAGCUCUGGUUUUUGAGUACAUGCCUAAUGGAAGCCUAGAGAAUUGGCUCCACCCUAAAGAAAAUUAUCAGAACAAGGAGCAGAGUCUGAGUCUCAUUCAGAGAUUAAACAUAGCCAUUGAUGUCGCUUCAGCACUGGAUUAUCUUCACAACCAUGUAGGGAGACCGAUUAUACACUGUGAUCUGAAGCCCAGCAAUGUUCUUCUUGAUGAUGACAUGACUGCACAUGUGGGAGACUUUGGAUUGGCCAGGUUUCUUUCUGCAACAACAAGCAGGCUAGCUCAGAAUUCAUCCAUGUCAGUUGGAAUAAAAGGAACAAUUGGAUAUAUUGCUCCUGAGUAUGGCAUCACCAACCAAAUAUCUACUCAUGGAGAUGUCUACAGCUACGGGAUACUUCUGCUCGAAAUGAUUACAGCCAAGAGUCCAACAGAUGAGUCCUUCCAGGAUGGGAUGAGCCUCCACAUGUUUGUUCAGAAUGCAUUGCCGGAGAACGUGAUUGACAUCACAGAUCCAAUUCUGCAAGUCGGAGAGGAAGGAGGAGAGACUGUUGAUGAAAGAUUAAGAAGACAGGAAUGCUUGAUUGAAAUACUCAAGAUUGGCAUCUUGUGCUCCAGGGAAUCACCAAGGGAGCGCAUGAGAAUUGAUGUUGCAAUCAAGGAACUUCACUCAAUUAGGAACAAGAUUCAAACUUUAGAAACUCGAAGCGAGAAGAAUUACAAAGGCAUGAAAAGCGGCGAGGGAACAUCAUACAAUUCAUACUCAUAAGAAGAAGAAGAAGAAGAAGACUUGACUCA